AUGGGCUGUUGUGGCGUCUACAAGGAGGUGGAGACGGUGGUUGGUGGUGGUGAUGGGUGGUAUUUAGUGAUCUGUUGUGAACUUGGAAGUGGGUCUUUGGAUUGGCAAUGGAAGUUGCAAUUGAUAGCACCAGUGAUGGUUAGAUACACAAUCGGACUAUGUUCGGUUUGGUGCAGUCUGCAAACCAUGGCGAUAUGUGGCAAUGGAGAACAAAAAAACAUGAGUGUAACUCUAUUAAACCCUUUCUCUGGUUCUACCAUUGGGCUUCCUCCCAUUAAGGACCUCCCAAAAUUCGAAGAAGAAGAAGAAGAAGAAGACGAAGUCGAUAGAUCUGACGAACCUCCUUUUUAUGAGUACCUAGUUUACAAGGCUAUAUGGUCGGCUGACCUUGCUUUGUCUCCCGAUGACUACAUAGUUACCGCCAUCUAUGAUGAUCGCCGCUGUUUGGCAUUCUUUCAAUCUGGUGACAAAGCUUGGACUUAUAUAGAGAAUAAGAGGUUUGAUUUAAUCUUUGAUGUCAUAUAUUAUAAAGGCCAAAUUUUUGCCGUUGAUUAUUGGGGUGGAGUCAUAAGGAUUGAUGUGAAUAGCAGGGACGGGGCAUGUAAAGCUCCCAAAGUUAAAAUAAUUGCACCAAGGACCAAACUGUUUGCAGAACAUACAUAUCUCGUGGAAUCAUCUAGUGGAGACUUGCUUUUUGUGCAACGGUUUAUGAAAGAAAUAGGAGAUGAUUUACAACAUGAAACUUUGGGCUUCAAGGUUUUCAAGCUGCUUGAACUGCCACACAAGAAGGGUUAUGCUAAGCGGAUUCAAGUGAAGAGCUUGGGCGGAGAUGCAAUGUUUUUGGGAGAUAGCCAUUCUACUCGUAUUUCAGCUUCAAAGUUCCCUAGAUGCCAGCCAAAUUCCAUAUAUUACACCAAUGAUUAUUGUAUGUUUUUAGCUUACCCACCGUAUGGGCGCCGUGAUAUUGGUAUCUUCAAUGUAGAGAAUGGAAGCUUUGGCACACAUUACAUUCUUGAUCCUUCACAGAGGGUCACGCCACCUGCAAUUUGGAUCGUCCCAAUUGUGCUUGGAAAUUGA